AGUGAGUGUGUGAGUGAGUAAGAAAGAACGAGGAAAAGAGGGAGUGUGUGUGUGUAUGUUCCGGAGAGGGAGAGAAGAGAAGUUAGGAGUCAAAGCUUUUUAGUAUAACAGAGGAGAUCUAGAAAGAUUUUGUUUUUUAAAACCUUCCAGUUGAAUUGAUCGGGGCGUCAAAGGAAGAGAAGAUUUUUUUUUCCGUCCCUUAUAUUGUGUUAUUUGGGAGCUGUUAGAAUAAAAAAAGAAAAAAAAAACAGAGAGAGGGACGCGGCAUUAUUAAAUCACGCUGAUCUGAUGAUCAUGACGGCAGCUGUCGAUAUGAAACCGACGUUAAUCAUAAAGGCUGAAAAGAUGGACGAUCCGGAGUGUGGAGAUGUUCCCCUGCUAACUCCUGGAAGUAAAGAGAUGAUGUCUCAGGCUCUGAAGGCCACCUUCAGUGGCUUUACAAAAGAACAGCAGCGACUGGGUAUUCCCAAAGACCCCAGACAAUGGACAGAAAACCAUGUGGCUGAGUGGCUAACGUGGACAGUGAAUGAGUUCAGUCUGAAAAACGUUGACUUUGACAAAUUUGGCAUGAACGGAGCCAGCCUGUGUGCAAUGGGGAAGGAGCGCUUCUUGGACUUAGCACCUGACUUUGUGGGUGACAUCCUUUGGGAACAUUUAGAAAUGCUUCAGAAAGAGGAUACAAAGCAUUACCCCAUCAAUGGACUGACCUCCAACUUCCAGGAAUCCCGCUAUACCUCAGACUAUUUUGUCAGCUAUGGUGUUGAGCAUGCUCAGUGUGUCCCUCCUUCUGAAUACUCAGAGCCUGGCUUCAUCACGGAGUCCUACCAGACACUUCAUCCCAUCAGCUCGGAGGAAUUGCUGACACUCAAGUAUGAGAGUGAAUACCCUGCUGUCAUUCUACGGGACACAGCCCUCAACUCCAUGCAGGGGGACUAUUUUACUGUCAAGCAGGAGGUGGUAUCCCCUGACAACAUGUGUGUGGGACGCCUCAGCAGAGGUAAGCUUGGAGGCCAGGACUCCUUUGAGAGCAUCGAGAGCUUUGAGAGCUGUGACCGAUUGACCCAGUCGUGGAGCAGCCAGUCUUCAUUCAGCAGCCUGCAGCGGGUACCGUCAUAUGACAGCUUUGACUCAGAAGACUACCCCACUGCCUUGCAUGGCCACAAGCCCAAGGGCACUUUCAAAGACUAUGUGAGGGAGCGCUCAGACCUCAGCAAGGAUAAACCUGUCAUCCCUGCAGCGGCACUGGCAGGAUACACAGGCAGUGGCCCCAUCCAGCUGUGGCAGUUUCUUCUGGAGCUGCUGACCGACAAGUCUUGCCAGUCCUUCAUCAGCUGGACAGGCGAUGGCUGGGAGUUCAAGCUUUCUGACCCAGAUGAGGUUGCUCGGAGGUGGGGCAAAAGAAAAAACAAGCCCAAGAUGAAUUAUGAGAAGCUGAGCCGUGGCCUACGUUACUACUAUGACAAGAAUAUCAUCCACAAGACAUCUGGGAAACGCUACGUCUACCGCUUUGUCUGUGACUUGAAAAGCCUGCUGGGGUACACUCCUGAAGAGCUGCAUGCAAUGUUGGAUGUAAAGCCUGAUACGGACGAGUGAAAGCAGAUAUGAAAAAGGAACCCAAGACAAAAGUUAAGGAGCCACAUGGACUGAGGCUCAAAAAGUGGUCUUAACUGUUUGAUAGAGUUGGUAAUCCAUUUUUUGGGGGGACCAAAAUGUUUUUAAUGACUGUGGUCUUUGUCAACUUUGAGCUCCUGUCUCUCAGACCAUAUUUUAGAAAAGAAAGACAGAAGCCAAAAACCUGUAUUCAUAUCCUGUUGCAUUUGAGAAGUGUGUACGCGCACGUGUGCGUGUGUGUAUGUGUGUGGAUGGGCGUUUGUGUGAUAUAUACUGGUAUUAUUUAGCAGCUCAAGGCAGAAGAAGCGCUAUCGGGUAGAGUUCAGGUUCUGUUCUAAGUAGCAAAGUGGAGGAGGCAAGAGGACCAAGACACAAAGUGUGAGAGAGCUGAGAGAGGGAAAAGGGCAAAGUAAAAUGAUUCAUUGUGUAUUCAGGCUAAACACAGAGCAGGUGGAAAGUUCCCAUUAAGAAAAUGGUUGCCAAAAUGUAAAAACCGAACUCUUUACAUAUUUGUUUACUUUGGCAAGGAAAGAGUUUUCAGCUAGGACCAAAAGAAAAAGUGUCAUUCCUAAUUUGUUGUUUAAGGAGCGAAUGCUUGAGCCAGUAUUAUAUAAUUGAUGGUGAGAAGACUCAGUGUAAACCUACCACAAAAAUAUUAGAAAGAGUAUUUUUCUCGUGUUGUCGAUGAAGGUAUGACAGUGUAACCAAACAUUAGAUGCCAAGUUUAACUGUUGAGUUCUCAAAGGAGCCUUUAACUGAAAUGUGCUGAUGCGUUAUCAGACAACACUAUAGACACUGGCCCUGUGCUUUGUGAGGUGUGAGGACCUAGUGAGAUUACUCAUACCAAGAGUGUCUGAGAGACAACUGAAAGUAGCCGUUGCUUUUGAAACUGAUGCUUUCACCUGUAUGUACAUGCUUGCCACCUUGUUAGAGACACGUAUUGUGACUGAAACUUAUGCAUUUUUGCAUAUACCACCAGUAUUAGCAAACUGUAGACAAUCUAUGUGGGGGAAUUCAGGAGUCUUUGGUAAGAAGAGUCAUUUAAUGUACAGAUUAGAUGCAUCAUUUGUCAGUUCACUGCCCAUGUUAGCGUUGCUUUAGAAGUGUUUGAAUAGUCCUGUCUGUCCAUACAAUACAAUCACAAGUUAAUUAGCUGAGGGAGGGAUUUUACACAAUCCUAAGAAUGUCAUUUCUUUUGUUAUGCAGUACAUAUUGUCCAUAAAGAAGCAGCUGCAGUAUAGAUUGAAGGUACAGUGUAGACAAAAAAGGGACAGGCAAAAUAAAAUGUAGAGACCCUGUAUGGGAUAAAUGAAGGUGACUGAAAGGAAUCUGUGGAUGAUGCAGGUGAAGUUCGCUGUGAGGUCUGAUAGAGAAUGGUUGACAGAAAUAAUGCAGGUUGUCUUGCUUGAGACAUAGAGGACUAGUGGCAGACAUGUAUUUCAAUUUUAGGUUUUCGUGCUACUUAUCUAAUAAUCAGCUCAGAAUGAGUAACUCAUGUAUGAUUCCACCUAUUUGUGCAGUUUGCUCGGCACAUGCAUAACGAUUCACUGGUUACAUUAAAAUUGGCAGCAGUAUCCUCCCAACACUGGGAACAGUGGCUGUACACUGGCCUUAUGGGAAAUGCCAAAGUUGAAUAUUAUCUUAGAAUACAAUGUUAUUGUUUACAGUGGCUGAAUGUUACCCAUAUGGAUGAAAAUAGCUUUUUGAGAUGUCUAUUUGUACAGAUUGUAUUUCAUAAUGCUUUAUUGAGACCCAGAUUACACAAAUAAGCAAGAGACAAAGCAGGAAUAAUAACCAAAACCCAUGUGAGGUCUUUGGCCACGGUGCUUCGGGUAUCGUCCACAAUGUUAGAAGACAGGGACCAGAAAUCUCUCACGUGUUUGGAAAGUGUUGUCUUUUAUCUUUUGUUAAUAUGUUGGAAAGCACACAGCUUUAGGACAAAGAGAAAUGCCUUUGCUGAUUUGGGUUUCCCACUGAGUGCAGACACAAGAUGCUGUAUACGUUCACAAUGUCUGAUUGGUAACAAGCUUGUCCACUUACAAACUUGUGUUCCAUAUCCAUAGAGAAUUGGAUUUUAAACAGAUCGUUCAGUAAUAAGCUGCACUGUAUUUUCAUCACUUUGUGCAUGGCAGUGUUUCAAAACACUGCUUUUUGUUUUGUUCAGGUUUUUUUUUUUUUUCCAAUGUCAGUGUUUUGUGUUAAAGUGAGCUUUACAGAUUUUUAAACAUUAUUGUAAUGGAAAAUGUUUUCUUUUUUCCCCCAGCAUAAAGUCAUAAUGUUUGUAUGGUCAGCUUCAUAAGAUUAUUGUGCUAAAAGAAAACAUUCUAUUACCUAAAAUGUUAAUAUUUUGGAAGUUAUUUUGUCAGGAAAGUAUACUGUUGUUAAAUGUCAGAGACUACAAUCUACUGCAGGUCUUAUGUAUUAAUGAAUCUUAGUCAGGCAAGUGUAAACACACCAAUAUUUUGUGGCAUAUGCAUAUCUCAGAAUGGAUUCAGAAGGAAAACCUUAUUGUCUUGGAUGUUGUUUUUUUUUGUAUAUUUUAUAGUGUCUCUGUAUUUUUGUUAUGAGAUCAUUUUUAUUGUAUUUAGUUCACAAACAUUUGAAUAUUUUUCAAUAAUUUAUAUUUUAUAAAAGACAAGAGAUGCAGACAGCUGGUGCUUUCAUGGGAAUUUAAAGGUAGCGCAGGACAAAAUAAUGUAGCGAUUUUUUUGUUUUGUUUGUUUUUAUUUUGUAUUCUUUUUAUAUAUAUAUAUAUAUAAAAUAGACCUGUCUGCUAGAGAAAAAAACAAGGCUGAUGCUGGCCCAUCAAUGAUUUCUGCUGGAAAGGUUUUAUAAACUGUAGCUUCUAUUUCUAAAAUGUACUUAAUGUACUUCAAAAUGUUAUAAAAUAUAUGUGAAGAAAGAUUUUA